UUUGUGCAAAUAAGGUAAGGUUAUGUUCAUUUGUUGUUUUGGUGCUGCUUACCGCUAGAUCACAAAUUUUUUAGCCUUUUCAAUUAUUUUAAAUUGCGAUAAAGUUUUCAUUUUUGCUAUGAUUGAAUAUGUUUAAUUUUUUGAACGAUAAGUCAAUAUUUCUAUUAUUUAUUAUUUUUCUGCUAACACUUUCUUAUCACAAAGAUGUAACUGAAAUACUUGAAGUAAACAAAUGCCCUCUUUGCUUUGGUGUAAAAUUCUGUACACAGUUUGAAGUAGGAAAAAUUAAAAUUUGGAACUCUAAUGUUCUUCUGAAAAUUAUUCUACUGAUAAAAUAUAUUUUUAGCUUAUCAUUCGUGGUGUUUUGCAAAUGGAACGACACAGAUGUAGUUAUAAAACAGUUUGAUUACUAUUCUUCUGAUAUAGAAGAAAUUUCAAUUUCAAAGACCAACACUAGAGAUGAACUUGAAGUAUCUAUAAUUCAAGAUAUGAAAUCAUUUUUGAACAUACCGUUCAAUAGUUCGUUUUCACCAAAUAUACGUUUAUGUCCCACAACUGAAAAUUUGGAAGUUCUUCUAGAAAGCAUUUACUCAUUUAGAAAAGAUAAUGUAAAUUUGUUACAAAAUAUCCGUUAUAUGAUUCACACUAAUCCAGAACCGUUUAUUCAACAGGUUUUGAAAGCAGAAAACGGUUGGCCCGUCCCAAAACACUAUGGAAGCUGUGGCCGAGUAACUGUAUCAGAGAACUGUGGAGAAAUGUUGACAAAUUGUGUAAAAGAUGAUUGGGACUCUCGUAAGCAUUUAGCACUCCAACUUCUUGAUUCGGCAUUGAAUUUUACAUUCAAUCAUCCGCAUUUUGCGUUCUACUUCACUGACAUUACACCUGAUAAUAUAGCUGUAACAACAUCAGGCGAAGUUAAAUUCAUUGAUCUGGACAAUGUUAUAAUUGUUGAACGGAGUACAACUGCCGAUCUUCCUGCAUGGACAGUUCCUCAUUCUAGUGAAGAUAUUGAAUGCGACAAUUGUUUUGCAUUUUCAUCUGAUGCGAUCUGCAGUCAUCAUUACAGUGAUCAUAACGUCUAUGCUGUUUGCAGGGAAAUCUUGAAUCAGAAAUCACAUCUCAUUGAUGGCGGGUUACUCCAUUCAACGCCACCAGAGUUCUUAGAAAAGCAUCCAGAUUUCAUUGAUAGUCUGGAACAGUGUGUAAGCCCACGAACGUCAGAUAGAUUCCAUCAUGCCAAAAAGCUCAUGAAAAUACUUAGUUGACUGUGUUUUUUUUCAAGUUUUCACAUUCAAACUAUUUCAGUUGUCAAUAAUAUAAACAUUCUUUCUGGUCAGGAUGAUGUCCUUAUGAGUGCUGUGGACUUGUGUGUGGUGUUACUGGAAGAAUGAUAAUUAUCAUAUUUGAAUGGGCGUAUCCCUUUAGGUGGCUUCUGAACGCCAAGAAAGUGUUGUUAAUUAUCUUCGAUAUUUUAUCAUGAGUUUCUUUUGUAGAUUUGUAUCCUGUGUCUUGCACCUAAGACUUUCAAACAUUUUUUUAAAUGUAAUUUGACUGCAAUCUAACACUUUGAUUAAUGAACCAUUCAAUUAUAUCUUACAAAAACUACAAAUG